AUGUCCAAACUAAAGAAGGGUACUAAAUCUUCGAAAAGAUACAGGUAUUCCUCAUUCAAGGAUAAAAUAGACAAUCUUAGAAUCGAACCAGCCAGAAAUCUUGAAAAAAAGGUCCAUGAUCAUGUUGAAAGCUCACAUUUUCUGUCUUCGUUUGAACAUUGGGUAGACAUCAAUAUGAGCGCCGAUUUCGGGACGUUUGCUAAUGAAGUUCAGCCAUUGGUUCAGACACUUCCCCAAAUUUUGUACCACCAGGAGAAAAUAUUUCAUCUUUUAAUUGAUCAUAUAAACAAUCACGAUGAAAAAUCACUGCAUCCGCUAUUGGAUCUACUCGCACAGUUUUGUCAUGAUUUGGGACCUGAUUACAUGAAAUACUAUGAAGACUCUAUUCUAGCUUUGACCAACUUACUGGAUGAUGCUAUAAACUUUGAGUCUUCGGACGUAUUUGAAUGGGGGUUCACUUCAUUAGCAUAUAUUUUCAAGUAUUUGUCACGAAUACUCACUCAAGAUUUGAAGCCUACCUUUAAUCUUCUAUUCCCACUAUUGUCGCAUCCUAAAGAGUAUUUAUCAAGGUUUUCUGCAGAAGCGUUAUCCUUUCUAAUAAGAAAGGCAAAAAUAAAAGGCCUAUCAAUUUUUGUUACUGACUCUCUGCAAAAGCUUGAACAUUCGCCAGAAGCGCAUUACUAUGAUGGCUUGCGAGUGUUGUUUGUGGAAUCGUUGACAACUACAAGUGAAUCCCUUUAUUCCAGAUCCAAUUCAAUUUUGAGGAUCUUUCUCAUAGAGUCUUUAAAAGAAUCCCAAAAAGAUAUUUGCAUAUCUCUGGUAGCAGAUGUCUUGCUAGAUAUCUUAAGACAUGCAUCAAAAGAUAACGCGCGUUCGGUAUAUGAGCUAUUCAUUUCGACGCUGGACGAUUAUCUUAAAGAAACCCCCGAUUUGGAUAAGGUAUCGAAGAUCAUACUUACUUUAAUCUUUGCUGAAAGCGGAACUAAAGUCCCCGAUUGGUCCUCACUCGUAUCUUUGAUGCGAAAAGUUGUUCAGCAUGAUGAUAAAUCAACGUUGAAACCAGAUACAACAUCUUUACUAUUCUCGAUUUUUAUCCGUAAUGCUCCAUUACCAUCAUUGACUCAGUUUCAUAGGACUAUCUUUGAUUUCUUCAUUACUCAGUUUUCGUCAGACUUCCUAGAGUUUUGUGAGAUCUCUUUAAAUUUGGCCAAAGAUCGUGUUCUUUCCUUAAGUGUGGUCAAAUACUUACAAAAAUAUAUCAACCUAUAUUGGAAAGAUAAUGCAAAAAAGAUUGCCUUUUUCCUAUUCGAAUUAGAUCAAAAACCUGACUUGGAAGGUAAGUUGGAACUUUCGAUACCGAGCGACUUCCAUGAUUACUUGAUUAAUGCCACUGAGCUUCUGUCUUCAUCACCAUCGGAAAGUGAUUUGUAUGAAAUAUAUUGGAGAUUACCCAUAUUGAAGCGAUCAAAUGAAGCGGACUUGGGAUUUAUCAGCCAUUUAAUCAAAACCAUGUUAUCCAAUUCGCAAUCGAUUUCAGAAGUAAGUGACUUCCAGAAGGACGUUCUAGGCUAUCUUUUACAAGUUAUGCAACUCAAGGAGGACCAUGACGACGAAAAGAUUUUAACUCUUUUGAUGGACAAAUUUCAGAUCUAUCAAAACAGUGUCCUAUUUAUUAGGAGCUUAAAUCGCAUCAUGACUAUUUAUGCGAAGCAGAAUCCUACGAAAUUUUCUUGUUCUGAAGAAUUCCUGUUGUCAAUAACAGAUAAUUUCGCUCUUCCUGAUGGAAAUAUCCGUUAUGAGUCCUUGAAGCUCCUUAUUACCACCUUAAAUGGGCUUGGAGAAGCAUAUUCUCCCAUAAUUGAUCAAUGUAAAGUUAUUGAGGAAAUACCUCACAACUUACAAUUUGCCCGUGAUUUAACAAUGAGGAUAAGGCAGAUGGGUUCUGAGUUUUCCAAAACACAACCGGAUACGUUACUUUGUAACGCUUUUUUCAAGUUUCUGUUUGGUAUGUUAACGGUGCGAUUUUCUCCUUUGUGGGAAGGUGUUUAUGAAAUUUUACCAAGUGUUUACGAAAAGGAUCCGACCUUGAUAUGGCAGCUUCUUCUCAAAUUUCUUGGUGCUCUUGACAAUAACUUUGUACUUCAUUAUUAUGAAGAGAUUGAGCUUGAAGACGUUCCCCAUGUGUUUUGGGAAGUCAAUACAGCCCGAUUCAACGACUGCUUGAAACAUGGCAAGGGUAUUUUUUAUUCAUUCAACCAUAUAAAAGCGUGCAUCCUGGAAAAAUCAAAAGAACGGAGAGGUGAUUUAUCUUUCCCGGGCUUGAUCAGAAAUCAGACUCUUAAAACGAUGCUUUUACUUCCAGGUUUAGCUGAACGUAAUUCUCGGGACAUAGUUCCCUACUUACUCGCUCAAGACGACUCUGAAAAUAAUUCCGAGGAUAGUAACUCCAAUGGAUCUUAUUGGACAGAUACUGAUAAAAAUCUGCUACUGAAGCUUAUCGGAAAAUUCAAGAAUAUUAAGGCGAUUUACAGGUCUAGUGAUGUUUAUGAUCGGUUAAUGGUUCUGCUCGAGAGUAGGACGACAGAUGUUCAAAAGCUUGCUCUGGAUGCUAUUCUGGCAUACAAAGAAACUAUUGCUAUCAAGUAUAAAGAUAACUUGAAAAACUUGCUGGACGACACUCUAUUCAAGGACGAAAUAAUCAAGCUACUUUCAAAAGGAAGCGAAAGAUACGUUGAGGAUGGAGAUCAAGAAGAAUUAAUGCCCUUUGUCUUGAGAAUAUUGUUCGGACGUGCUCAAACACCGUCUACAAGUGGUCUUAAAAAGAGUAGGAAAACUGCAGUUGUUACAAUUUUACCCAAUUUGGAAGAGAAAUAUGUCAUUCAGUUUUUAAACUUGGGCAGCGGUAGAUUUGCUUACUCCCAUCACUUUGAAGGAAGCUGUAAUUUCACCGACGAAAAAUUCGAUUCUUCUGAGCUGACGAUCACUGCUAUGAGAAAAAUGACAGGGUUUGUAAAUUUAGUUCAGUCGAUGUUGUCAAUUUUGGGUACAAAAUUUCCUAAAGCAACUGAAACUACGGUGAACCCAAUCCUGUACGCUAUAGCAGCCUCGGAUCAAGCGUUGACGAUCAAUCACGAACAAGAAUUCAUUACUAAGGUGGCUAGUAAUUUGAGGCAAUCCGCGGUGAAAUGCCUUUACAGUUUGUUUAGUUCAGCAGGCGAUUUGAACUGGUUGAAUCAUACUACGGAUGUCUUUCGGAUCGUGGUAAAACCUCGUCUUGAACACUUUGAGAGAGAGAAUUUGCAACAGCCAUCUUCUUUGAUGAAGAUAAUGACCUAUUGGGGGAGUGAGAAGCAUUUGUAUGAAUUCCUGUACUGCGAUAACUUUGCGCCAGUAUCUGCACUAAUGAGCACUUUGGCAAAUGAUUUGGCAAAAGAAUCCGUUGUUGAAGUUAUCCUCAAAUUUUCAAAUGAUGUAAUUAAAUCACCUGUUAAUGGAGAUUCUUACGUCCAUUUAGUUUCCAUUAUUGCAUCUGCUUGUCUUCAAGCCCUUCCAAAGUUAUUCAAACGAUUGGCAAGUCAUUCCGCCACAUCUGUGGCGAUUGAUUUACUGCUUAACAUGACUACGGCCGGUUAUGUUGAAAAUAGUGAAACUAUAGGCCUCCUUAUCGAGUCCUUAACUCAGGCGUUAGACAAGGAAUUCAGCAGUCUACAUUCGAGAGAAAGAACUAAAAUUCUAAAAUCGCUUGCAUCACUGAUUAAUGAAUACAAUUGUUCUUGGGAGGAAAUAGAAGAGUUAUACAAGGUAUGUUCACGGUUAUAUCGCGUUUAUGCAGAACGUGAUAGUCGGGAAAGCUUGAAUGAUAUUUUCAUUAGUAUGGGCUCUAGAUUUGACAAUAUCAAACAAGUUGCGACUCUUCUGGUCAACCUCAACUCUUAUUCUUCGGGAAGGCUUGAAUCCUAUGAUUUUGAAAGGGUUUUACCGGCCUUUAAAGAAAUACAUGAGAUAUACUUCAAGGCUUUUACAGAAAUCGAGUGGCUUCCGAUUCUUCAUUGCUGUUUAUUUUACAUUAAUGAUAUCGAAGAAUUGGCACUUCGAACUAACGCCACGCAUACUCUAAAUCGUUUCGUUGAUUAUAUUAACUUGAAGCCCACUCACCAUGAAGCCAUAAAUGCCAUAAAUCUACUCGAAACCGACGUUCUUCCCUACGUAAAAAGUGGUAUUCGCAGGCAGAACGAGGAAAUACAGUCUGAAUACAUUUCAGUGGUUGCUUAUAUUGUCAGCAACUCUAACCACUAUAAGGGCUUAGAUGACAUGAAAGUCCUCCUUUUUAGCGGUGAUGAGGAAGCUAAUUUUUUCGUCAACAUUUCGCACAUCCAAAUUCAUCGUCGCCAAAGAGCCAUCAGGAGAUUGGGGGAGCAUGCCAGUCAGCUUUCCGAUAAUAGCAUUUCACAUUAUCUCAUUCCAAUGAUUGAGCAUUACGUUUUCUGCUCUGAUGAGAAAUAUCGGAAUAUCUGCAAUGAGACAAUUGCAGCUAUUGGUCAACUCUCUAAUUUCACUAGCUGGAAUCAAUACAAAGCGCUGUCAAGGCGGUAUGUGAGUUUGUUGAAUACAAAGAAAGAAUUUCUAAAGGAGCUUGUUUGGCUAAUCGUCGAAAUAUCUAAAGCAUUGAAAAAUUCAAUGAUUUCAAAAAGAGAAAAUGAUGAUUCAAAGCCGUGCAUUCGAAAAUUCCCCAAGAAACUCGAGGAGCCCAGCGCUUAUAUCAAAGAUGAGCUUUACGUGAAGUUAUCAAAAUUCUUGGCCACCAGGAAUGAGGAAACAAUUGUCGCAAGAAUACCACUUUCAGAAGCACUGGUUAAUUUGAUACUUGGCUUAUGUCAUGAAGACCGUAUAUCACAUCUUCCUGGUAUUUUAACGAGUAUUUGUCAAGUGCUACGUAGCAAGUCUGAGGAACUCAGGGAAGCGGUAAGAAAGAACCUUGGAAAUAUAUCUAUUUUGUUGGGGGCAGAAUAUUUGACUUUUAUAAUUACUGAGCUCAAGUCCGCACUCAAAAGAGGCUCGCAAAUUCAUGUGUUAAGUUAUACUAUUCACUACGUGAUAAUGUCAGUUUCGGAUGUUUUAAAGCAUGGCGAUCUCGAUCCAUCUGCCCAAAUGAUUGUUGAUGUUGUAAUGGAAGAUAUUUUCGGUGCUGCAGGGCAAGAAAAAGAUGCCGAAAAUUACAAGUCAAAAAUGAAGGAAGUGAAGUUCAACAAAAGUUAUGAUACGGGGGAGAUUUUAGCUUCAAAUAUUUCCUUACCGGUUUUUGGCACAGCUCUACGUCCUAUCAAAGCUCUUCUGAUGCAGCAUCUUGCUCUUAGAACACAGAAUAAAUUAGAUGAAUUAUUAAGACGCUAUGCUCUUGGGCUCACUCACAAUGAUGAAGCCUCUUCUACUGAUAUCUUAACUCUGUGCUAUGAAGUUUACAAGCAGUCUGAAGCCCUGUCUAAUAGAGACAUGAAGAAAAGCAAUUUGAUUAAGGAACAGAAGAAUGAAUUUUUCUUGAUUAACUUGAAUGCGCAAGAUGGAAAAGUUGAGACUGAAAAUUCUCUGUUUGCCUCGACAUUACAGAAGUUUGCUUUGGAUCUACUUAAAGCAAUUCUUACUCGGAAAUCGAAUCUUUUAUCUCCCGCAUACCUAAAUGGGUUUAUUCCAAUUUUGCAGGAUACCUUGAAUUCUGAAAAUGAAGGCGUUUUGAUAAGCACACUACGUGUUCUCAUUAUUUUCAUCAAACUGGAUUUUCCAUCCGAGUCCGAAGGACUUUUCAAAAAUUGUGCUCGCAAAGUACUAAACCUUAUUCGGGACUCCCCCACGACUUCAACAGAGCUGUGUCAGGUCUGUUUGAAAUAUCUGUCCUCCCUCAUUCGACACAGGGACAUUCAGUUAAAGGAUACAGCUUUAAGUUAUGUCCUAGGUCGAAUCCAACCGGAUUUGAACGAGCCGAAUAAGCAAGGCUUGGCUUUCAGUUUUCUGAAAGCGCUAUUGGCUAAGCAUAUUAUUUUACCUGAAUUGUAUGAUAUUAUCGAUUCCGUCGCUAGUAUAAUGGUUACCAAUCAUUCCAAGGAGAUUAGAGAUGUUUCCAGAAGUGUUUAUUAUCAAUUCUUGAUGGAGUAUGAUCAAAGUAGAGGCCGUUUGGAGAAACAAUUUAAGUUUUUAGUUUCAAAUCUGGAAUACCCGUCACAAGAAGGUCGGCAAUCUGUCAUGGAACUUAUAAAUUUGAUCAUCAACAAAUGUGGGCCAGAAUUGUUGCUUCGUCUAUCCUCUUCAUUUUUCCUCGCGUUAGCUAACGUUACAGUUAAUGAUGACUCCCCGAAAUGUCGGGAGAUGGCUGUAGCACUGCUAACUCAACUAUUUCAAAAGUUAGGGCCCUCGAAUAUUGGCGAUAUUGAAAAGUAUAUCAUUGCCUGGCUAAAGCAGGAAGAAGAAUUGACGUUUGUAAGCCUCGGUCUACGAAUCUACAAAAUCUAUUUGAUGACACUCGGUUGGAAGAAUGAGGAUAUAUUGAGUGAGUUAGCUAUGACUCGGACGAAGGCGAUAAUUUCUAACACUGAUGCUGGAUCUGAUUCAGAAUGGGAUCUUGUUUACACGGCAUUGACAAUCUUUACAACAUAUGCUGAUAAAUACGAACUUGCUUUUGCGGACAACUUUUCAAAUACAUGGACUAGCAUUGUAAAGUGUCUACUUUAUCCACAUCCUUGGGUUCGAUUGGCAGCUGGGAGGCUCGUUAAUCGCUUGAUCUCUAAUCUAAACAAAUUGGAGAGCUCAUUAUCUGACACGGAAAUUCAGACAAUAGCAUUUCGAAUCUUUCGUCAACUUGGCGCUCCCUAUCUUCCGGAAUCACUUUCCUCGGUCUCGGUCAAGACGCUUGCCAUGAUAUUUAUGAAAUGGAAGGAGAACAAUACAAAAUUUGUGGUUACAGAUGAACUGGAAGCUACAAGUUAUCAAACUGCUAUCGAUUUUGCCAUAGCAAGAACAGGUUUCAUAAUAAGAAAUGAAGAGAACUUAGAAGAAUCUUUCAUGUCGAAAAAGACUUGCAUUCAGUUAUUUGCAUUGUUGGUGCAAAUACUAGACCUUGAACAACUGAGGGAAAAGGCAGAAAGAAUAAUCCUUCCCUUGUUUGUGUAUUUGGAAAAUGAUAAACGUGGUGACGAUAAGGUUAGUGAGCUACAAGAUUUGUCACAAGAAUGCCUUCAACUUUUAGAAUCCAAGCUUGCAGUUUCAGACUUCACAAGAGCCUACUCUCAAGUUAAGCAGCAAGUUGAUCGCAGGAGACAAGAACGUAGGGCAAAAAGAGCAGUACUAGCGGUAACUGCGCCAGAGGCGGCUGCUAACAGAAAGCUCAAGAAGCACGCAAGAUCUAGACAAAAGAGAAAACAUGAGAAGGACGAAAACGGAUACUAUCGCCAGAAAAAUAAAAAGAGAAGAGCAUAA